AUCCAGUCCUCCUGAAGUGGCUACAGAUCUUGUGCUGCCUGUCAUCUUGCUCCAGAGCACUCACCAGCAGAGAUGUCCUGCCAGCAAAGCCAACAGCAGUGCCAGCCCCCUCCCAAGUGCACCCCCAAGUGCCCUCCCAAAUGCCAGACCCCAAAAUGCCCUCCAAAGUGCCCCCCAAAAUGUCCUCCCAAGUGCCCCCCUGUGUCUUCCUGCUGUAGCCUGGGUUCUGGGGGUUGCUGUGGCUCCAGCUCUGGGGGCUGCUGCAGCUCUGGUGGCUGCUGCAGUUCUGGGGGUGGAGGCUGCUGUCUGAGCCACCACAGACCCCGCAGAUCNCUNCGUCGCCAUCGCCACAGCUCUGGAUGCUGUAGCAGUGGUGGCAGCAGUGGCUGCUGUGGCAGCAGUGGUGGUAGCAGUGGCUGCUGUGGCAGCAGUGGUGGCAGCAGUGGCUGCUGUGGCAGUAGCCAGCAGUCUGGGGGCUGCUGCUGAUCAGGGCCCUUGUACUUCAGACAAGCUGUGGAGAAGUGUUCCUGCCUGCCAUUCCUUUCUGUUGUGCUUUGUAUUAUGGACUCUUGGUCAUCCUCUGCAAAGUUGUGACUUUCCCCUAAAAUGACAAAAUUGCAAUAAUAAAAUCUCCCCUUGCAAA